UCAGCAUCUGCUUCUAGAGCCCUAAGCUUAUAUCCUGUAGGUGCUGUGAGCUGUGCUUUUGGUGGUUGCUGGCGACAAUACAUAGAAACGUACUUUGCCUUUUUAGCAAAGUGUCAGUAAUUUUCAAUAACCUGUUGAAGUUUUCAGAGUGUGUGGAAAAAUGAGUUUGACUUAGGCAGAGGUGAGUGAUUAUAACAGUCCUGGGUGGAAGGAGACUGGCACAAGAGCAGUACUUGGGGUUACCUUAUAAUAGCCAGGGAAAAGAGGUGCUGGAAACCUUUUGUUGCUAACACUGGAGUUCUUUUCCUUCCAUUCAGACAUGGCACCUCGCAAGGGGAAGGAAAAGAAGGAAGAGCAGGUCAUCAGCCUUGGACCUCAGGUGGCUGAAGGAGAGAAUGUCUUUGGUGUCUGCCACAUUUUUGCAUCCUUCAAUGACACUUUUGUCCAUGUCACUGAUCUUUCUGGCAAGGAAACCAUUUGCCGUGUGACUGGUGGGAUGAAGGUGAAGGCUGACCGAGAUGAAUCUUCACCGUACGCUGCCAUGUUGGCUGCCCAGGAUGUGGCCCAGAGGUGCAAGGAGCUGGGCAUCACUGCCCUACACAUCAAACUCCGUGCCACAGGAGGAAAUCGGACCAAGACCCCUGGGCCUGGGGCCCAGUCUGCCCUCAGAGCCCUUGCCCGUUCAGGAAUGAAGAUUGGGCGGAUUGAGGAUGUCACCCCCAUCCCCUCCGACAGCACCCGCAGAAAGGGGGGUCGCCGUGGUCGCCGUCUGUGAACAGGACUCCUCAAGUUAUUUUCUGUUAAUAAAUUGCCUUCGCGUACUCUGUU